AUGCGCCCGUCACUCCGACGCCGGGGCCGUGGAGGGCGCGUGCGCGCGUGCCUCAGGGCGGUGGGGGGCGUGGUGCUUGCGUCAUGGCGCUGCGCUGCCGUGACGUGGAUUGGAAUUCUUGUUCUUUACACAGUCCACAAAGGGCAGUUUGACUGUGCCGGAGGAGGCUUAUUGCACAGCUACUUGCUUGUCCUCCUGGUUCUCCUGGCUGCCAUAAUAUGUGCAUUGUCUGCUAUUGUAUGCAUCAGUAUGCGAGGAACGAUUUCUAAUCCAGGCCCAAGAAAAUCUCUUCCCAAGCUACUCUAUACACGCCUACUUCUCUACUUGCCUGAAUUCAUCUGGGCUGUUGUAGGAGCUGUAUGGGUGUCAGACAGCAGUGUGCACUGCGAGAAGACUGUGAUGAGUGUCAUAUUUGGGACAGUCGUUGCAAGCUGGAUUAUCAUUGUCUUUACCAUCAUCGGAGUUAUAAUCGUCUUUGAUCCACUUGGAGGAAAAAAGACAGUUUACCUCACUGAUGGUGUCUGUCGGAACCUGGAAAGCAGUCAAUCAGGGCAGUUGCUGUACAAUGUGAAGAGCACUGCUACCAGAGUCUGGGAAAAAAGAAUCAGGUUAUUGUGUUGUUGCAUUGUGCAAGAUGAUGACCAUCGAGUGGCUUUUACAAGUAUUGCAGAGCUUUUCCGUGCCUACUUUUCAGACACUGACCUGGUGCCAAGUGAUAUAGCAGCAGGUUUGACUCUGCUCCAUCAAGAGCAAGACAAAAUGGAAAGUUGCCCUAAAGAACCUGAAGAAGUCCUGUGUCAUUCUCCAUCAUCUCCUGUGACUGAUGAUUUGGAUAUUGAACUGGAGAACGCUGCUCACUACAUGCACUUUGCUGCAGCUGCCUAUGGCUGGCCCUACUACAUCUACACCAACCCCUUCACUGCGCUCUGCAAGCUCAAUGCUGACUGUUGCGGAAAUAGACCAACAGAUUCUGAUAUAACUGGCAGUGAUCGUCAUAACUUUCACUUUGGAUCCAUCCUAAAAAUAACAGGACUGCAGUACAGAGACUUCAUUCAUAUCAGUUUUCAUAACAAGAUCUAUGAGAUUCCAUUUUUUGUUGCUUUGGAUCACAAAAAAGAAGCAAUUGUGGUUGCAGUGAGAGGAACUUUGUCUUUCGAGGACAUUCUCACCGAUCUGUCAGCAGACUGUGAAGACUUGACACUGGAGGAUGUUCUGGAAAAUGGCUUUGUGCAUAAGGGAAUAACUCAAGCUGCAAAUUACAUCUAUCAAAAGCUAAUAAAUGAUGGAAUUUUAAACCAGGCUUUCACAAUUGCUCCAGAAUACAAACUUGUGAUAGUUGGUCACAGCUUAGGCUGUUAUGCGUUUUCUCCUCCAGGAGGACUUUUAAGCAAAUCACUUGCAGAUUACACUAAGCACUUCAUUGUGUCAGUCAUUGUUGGAAAGGACCUUGUUGCAAGGUUAAGUAUGCCCAACAUGGAAGACUUAAAGAGGAGAAUAGUGAGAAUUGUGGCAAACUGUAACAGGCCCAAGUACCAGAUUCUGUUGCGUGGGUGUUGGUACGAGGUGUUUGGAGGAGAUCCAGAUAAUUUCCCAACUGAACUGGAUGGUAGAAACCAAGACCUAACCCAGCCUCUUCUAGCUGAGGAGAGUUUAAUGGUUCAUCGGUCAUCUUCAUACAGUGCCCUUGAGGAUGAAUCACACUUAAAUUCUCCACCUCAGUAUCCUCGUCUGUAUCUUCCUGGAAAGAUUAUCCAUAUUGUAGAAGAAUCCAGCUCUAAGAGGUUGUGCUCUUCAGAUAUUAAAUACACUGCAAGUUGGUCAAAAGAAACAGUCUUCAGCAGCAUUUUAAUAAGCCCCAAGAUGAUAACAGACCACAUGCCCGAUGUUGUGCUCAAAGCGCUGAACAGUUUGGCUCAGGAACAUGGUGCUUGUCUUUCUUGUCAAACACGAGACUUUAACACCAACAUAGAAUAA